UAGUUCUGACUAGUACGUGAACGCGGCAUAAAUCGUUUAUUUCUCGGUCUUGGGUUGGUCCUCAGAGGGGAGAGAGCGUUUAUGGAGUCUGUAUUUACAUAGUAUUUCCUCGGGUAACUCGGUUCGCUGGAAGGGGGAAGGCAGAAGAUCCCUCCUUGCCGACAACGCAUUGAGACUCCAGAAAUCUCUCUCCUUCUGAAGACGUUGGAAAAUAGGAAAAUGGCCUCUAAAGUUAUAAUCGAUUAAGUAAGUUUUGUAUUGACAGAUUAUAUGGAAUCGUUAUGUGUAGCCGCCUAGUAAGCGUAGGUUGCACUGUCUACAUUACGAUAUAAAAUGAAGUGUAUGUCAUUUCAGCUGCAUGAACUCAGAAAGGAGACAUUGAACGACUGCCAUAAUAUUUCUUAUCGUGGAGUUAUUUUUUGUCACCGGAAUGGAAUGGUAAAUGCUGCAUUUCCAUGUAAACUUUAAGCAGGAUUAUAGCACUCAAGUUGUUAAAUGUUUUAGUUUACUUUAUUGAAGCAACCCAGAUUGUGCAUGUCUUUCUGAACAGUUACGUCAUAGCCUACUGCUGAACUAUUUUUUUCCCUUUUUUAAAACAAAGCAAUUUUAUGGAUAAUCAGUUAUCUAAUCUGCAAACUGGACACAACUUCAGAAUGACAGAAGACUACAGGCAAUGCCUCUCUCACUGAACUUCUUAUACUCAUUGUGGGUUUUUCCUUGACACUGCAAGAAUGAAACUGACACUGCAUCUCUGUGUGUUAUGGCUGUUGCUGGUAUGGAGCGCAGGGGCCUCUGAAAGGAGACCCCUCAAAAGGACAAUCUUACAACGAACAUCCCUCCAGGGGGGGAUUUUUAACAGAACACAAAAUAUGUUGAACUUUGACAGUAUUGCUCCUUCCACUGGUGGUAUAAGUGUGUCCCUUGUGGCGAGCCAUCAUUACAAAAUGCAGAGAGAUGAGAAAGCUGACCUCCCAACAAGAAGAAAAGGACCGCCAAGCAGAAGAGUUAUGCCAAGCAGAAGAGUACCCCAACAACCAAAGAAACCCAUAAACCAGGUUGUCAGUGGUGCUGGCACAUCUCAAGGCAACAGUAAACCAGUGACAGGGGUGGUGGUUCAGCCUCCGUCCAUACCAGGCUGCACCGUACCCGGCAGCGCAGGCUCCCUCAACGUCCUGGCCAGCUUCGCAGGGAAGAACCGGGUCCUCGUCAUCUCUGCCCCACAUGACUCAGACGGCUACUACCGCCUGAUGAUGACCCUCCUCAAGUCGGACGUCUACUGCCAGAUGGCGGAGCGGCACAUGCAGAUGAUAGUGAUGUUCCACCGGGAGAGAGCGGGGUGGUAAGGUGCGCGGGUCAACGCCAAGGGACAGGUCACGGAGGAGCCCCUGGAUACGGUCCUCAUCCCCAGGCUGAUGAACUUCCUGAAGUUGGAGGAGGGGAAGUUUGGCAUGGUUCUCCUGAGGAAGACCCUCCAGGUGGAGGAGAGGUACCCAUACCCGGUCAGGCUGGAGGCUAUGUACGAGGUGAUGGACCAGACCCACAUGCGCAAGCUGGAGAAAGCCAGGCAGAGGGGCUUCGUGCAGAGGUGCAAGGCGGCCGGUGUUGAGGGCCAGGUGGUUGAGUCUCAGGGCCAGGGGGUAUUGACCAUGGGGUCAGAGGUCAGAGUGAACUCUACGGUGGAGAGGGUGCCAGUGAGGAAAGGGGUGCAGAGACCAGCUCAAGGACCCAAGGCUGUGACAGUUACCACAACCCGACCAACCACCACAAAACCAACUACGACCACAAAGCCAACUACGACCACAAAGCCAACCACAACCACCACAACAACAAAGCCAACCACAACCACCACAAGAAAAACAACCACAACAAAACCAACAACUACUACAACCACCACAAAAGCAACCACCACAACAAAACCACCACCAACAACAAAAGCAACCACGACCACAACUACAACAAAGCCAACCACAACCACCACAAGAAAAACAACCACGACCACAACAAAACCAACAACUACUACAAUCACCACAAAAGCAACCACCACAACAAAACCAACAAGAACAACAAAACCAACAACUACAACCACAACAAAACCACCAGCAACAACAAAAGCAACCACGACCACCACCACUACAAAACCAACCACCACAACAAAACCAAAAACCACAACAACACGACGAACCACAACCACAACCACCACAAAACCCACAAUUCCGAAGCCCUUGGUCCCCCAGACAACACCACACUGGGACCUAGAGGUCCCCACCACAGACGAAUCCUCCUACACCCUCUCAGUGACCCACAAAAAUGGCAGAGAUGACGUUACAGAAUCCCACAGAGACCAUUAUGAAGAAGACACAACCGACGAUACCAAACAUGGCCGACAAGUUGUUACCUCUCCAUCUCAGCUCACUAACGACAAACCAACUGAAGGUGGGGAAGAACUGGGCAGUGAAUUUAAGGUUCACCCUGAUGCACAGGUGGAAACAACUUCCCCCAAGAAGAGCAAGGUCAAGCAGCCUGUCAAUGCAGAGAGGAAGAAAAAGGCUGAUAAAUCAGGGGAGAAGAGUAAAGCAGACAAGAAGAGGUCGAAGGCUGCUAAAGACAGUGAUGGUGGCUUCUAUCGUGGUAGGAGACCAGGGAAGAAGGCCGCUAUUAACCAGGCGAAAGAGGCAGACAACGAGAGGCCCCCCACAAAACAGCCAAACCCCUUAGUCUCCUUUUUUGGUUAUUUUGAGAAGAGACGACGUCUACUUGUGAUCACUACUCCAGACGAGGAGAAUCGUAUGUACACGCAGCAGAGAGAUGAGUAUCUGGAGCAUGUGUGUGAAUUGGGUGUCAGAAAAAUAUCUCUUAUCACCAUAUUUGGCUCUCUGACCAAUGGCACCAUGAAGAUGGACCAUUACCAGGCUGAGAAGGAUCAGCCUCUGAAAGGCAUGAAAGAAGAGGACUUCACAAACCAGUCACUCAUCAGAGCCUUGAGAAAGGACUUGGGACUGAUAUUUGAUGACUACUAUAUGGUGCUGACUGACUUUGAUAUGAAAGUGAAGCAAGAAUAUGAGGUGCCCAUCGCCAUGACGGCUGUGUUUGACUACAUAGACACGUUCUCCUCACGCAUCAAGGAGAUGGAACAGCAGAAGAAGCAAGGAGUGACGUGUAAGAAAGAAGACAAAUCCAAAUCCUUGGAGAACUUCCUCUCACGGUUCCGCUGGAGACGCAGGCUGUUUGUGAUCUCCUCCUCUGACGACGAGGAAUGGGCCUAUCAGCAGCAGCUCUAUGCCCUGACCAGCCAGGCCUGCAAUCUGGGCCUGCGCCACUUGUCUGUGCUGAAGCUGAUUGGAAAGGACAUGGAGGAUAUGGGCGGGACCCUUGAGCUAUAUCCAAUCAACGGUACUGCCACUGUGGAACGUGAGGACGUCUCUCCCUCUCUGGUGAAGGACAUCAGGAACUACUUCCAGAUCAGCCCAGAGUACUUCUCUAUGCUCCUGGUGGGGAAAGACGGCAACGUCAAGUCCUGGUACCCGUCUCCCAUGUGGUCCAUGUCCAUCAUAUAUGAUCUGGUUGACUCCAUGCAGCUCCGUAGACAGGAGAUGGCUAUCCAGCUGUCCCUUGGCAUGCGCUGUCCUGAGGAUGAGUAUGGGGGCUAUGGUCAUGACAGAGACCCGGAUGGUUACCACCGUGGAUAUGGUUACUAAAGGAUUGAGAAUAUGAUGUUCCCCUCAGGAUGUGUUCCAUUUUCUAAUGAGGCCUGGUUGUGGCCUUGUCCCAUGAACUAUAUGAAGCUAUUGUAUGAAUGGCAUUUCAUGAAGGCUUUUUUUGCAUUUUGAUAACUGUGAAGUUGUUUUUAUAAGAAUUGACUUUCCUAUAAUAGAUUAUGAAAAUGCAGCAUACUUUUUCUUCCAUUAUAUUUUUGUCUAUUGAAUGUAUGAGUUGUUUCACAGGGAGAAUGGAGAUUUCAGAUUAAAAACAUUUGGCAAUUGC